AUGAUCGUCUUUUAUUCUCUUGGUGCUGCCUUUGCAGCCCUAUUUGUUCGAAUUUUUAUCUAUCCUGUUAUCCUAUACUUUGCUGAUCCCAAGGGCCUAAGAAAGUUUGAAAAUUUCUCCUGGCUGUCUCCCCUCACUGAUCUACGACACUGCUAUCUCAGCCACACGGGCAAGCGGUCUGAGACACUGGCUGCUGAACACGAACGUCGUGGAGAAUCCAUCCUCAGAAUUGGACCCAAUGCAUUAUCCUUCAACCAUCCACAAGCUGUCAGAGACAUCUAUGGUCAUCAGACAAAGUGCACCAAAGACCACAAAGAAACCGUUCUUGCUGGACCGCAUCGAAAUCUUUUCGAUGUAGUUGACAAAGGUGAACACAGCAGGAAGCGAAGACUUCUUUCUGCUGCCUUUGCUACCAGGAACCUGGCGAAGUGGGAGUUCAAAGUUCGGUAUACCACUCAGCGACUUCUCGAUGCAUUCGACCCUCUUUGUACUGCACCUCUCAAGACAAAUACCGACCCUGACCCGGAAGAUCUCACAGUUGACUUCAACAACUGGAUUAACCUCUGGACCAUUGAAGCUAUCAACUACAUCGCUCUCUCAUCCAAGAUGACCUUGCUCGAUACCGGCACGGACGAAGCCAUGGCCGAGACGACUGAUGGCACACUCUAUCCUGCUAGAUACCGACAAUCUCAGAACCACUCAGCUAUGGUCAAAUCGGUCUUUUGCUGGGAGUACGAGCUGUACCCAUGGCUACGUCGUAUCUCCAAGGUCGUCCCUAACAAGUGGAAGAGCUACUGGGCCACUAGCGCUCCAUGGGUCGAUGUUUGCUACCACCAAGCCAAAAACAGACUGAGACGAUACCAGGCUGGUGAAAAGCUCGAUGAUUUCUUCUCAUGUCUGAUGCACGAUAAGAACGGCGUUGCCAACGCCGUUGAAUGGGGAGAGGUUGUUGCCGAGAUCUCGGCAAUCAUUGAUGCUGGAGCUGAGACUACAGCUAUUGCCCUUACACAUCUCCUCCAGCUGCUAAUCAGCCAUCCCGCUCAACUCCAAAAGCUGAGGGACGAGAUUUCUGGUGUCAUUGGUGAAGAUGAUGUCAUAGCACCAUUGGACAAAGUGAAAGAUCUCACAUAUCUCAAAGCCUGUCUCGACGAAGGUCUCCGUCUAAUCCCGCCUGUGUCGUCUGGUCUCCCACGACGUACGCCACCAGAAGGCGCCAAUAUCAUGGACACCUGGAUUCCAGGAAAUACGUCGGUCUCCAUGACGAUUUGGAGCGCUCAUCAUAAUGAGGACAUCUACCCUGACGCUUAUGCCUUUAAGCCCGAACGCUGGCUUGACCCAACAGAGCGAAAAAGGAUGGAGCCCUUCUUUAUUCCUUUCUCUGCGGGUGCAAGAGGCUGUAUUGGACGGAAUAUCUCGUAUCUGGAGCAGCAGAUUGUUGUCAGUACUUUGGUCCACCGUUAUGAUUUUGCCAUGCCUACCAAGGACUUUAAGGUGUCGCGGUUUGAAGCUUUCAACUUAAUUAUGGGACAAUUGCCUAUUAAGAUCUGGCGUAGAUGA